GGACAGUUGGACAAAGGCGCAGACACUUAAACUGGGCUUGUGACCGACGGAGUCCACAUCACCCCGACAUCGCAAAAGCUUCCGGACUUCGCUUCUUGUUCGCCGAAGUGUGUACUUGCUAGAGCACCAUGGAAAGGUCGCACUUGAUAUAAUACUAUUUUUCUUCUUUUCGACACGCGUACAAUAUCGCGUACAAUAUGGCUUCAAGAUUCGCCUCCUCCUCCCUCCACCAGCGCGACUCGCGCAGCGACCUCUUCAAGGGCUACACCGGCGGCGCCGCGAGCCGGACAGUAAGCGCCAGCCCCAACCGGCAGCCACAGGCACAGCAGCAGCAACAACAAUAUGGCAACGGCGGCGGCGGUAGCGGCUACGGGUAUGGCGGGUACCAGCCGGGCGGCGCCGGUUCCGGUGGCGGGAGCGCCGGCGCCAGCGGGAGCAGCCACCUCGGCGUGGCCGGGCCGGGGUAUCGUCCGGCUACGCCGAAUCGGAAGGGCCAGUACAGCGAUGCGGUGCUCAACGAGCUCGAGAGCCAGAACGACGAGCAGGUGGACGGGAUCUUGGGGAAGGUUAGGUUGCUGAAGGAUAUGACGGUGGCGAUUGGCGAUGAGAUCCGCGACUCGUCGGCCCUGGCGGAAAAGAUGAACGACGGCUUCGACCAGACACGGCUGCGGCUGGGCCGGACCAUGAACAGGAUGAUGGUCAUGGCGGAGCGGACGGGUGUGGGCUGGAGGGUGUGGCUUGCGUUCUUUGCGGCGGUCAUCUUCCUGUUUGUUUACGUCUGGCUGUUUUAGAGCAAGGGCGGGGAGGCCGCAAGGCUUGGUUAGAGUCGGUCGCUUUCUACGCCAGGAGGCGGGCUGCAUCGGUGCCUGGAGUUUGGGAAGCAUGCCUAUCUUGGCUUGGUUUGUUUGGGAUACGACUGCUGUCAUGAUGUUGCUGUACCAGCACACUCGCAUGCGGACCAUGGCGGGCAAGGGGGUUCGUUUGAUACAGAUGUUGUAAUGCUGAACA